AUGCUGGGCGUGCUACUACGCCGCUCCCUAAUCCGUGCGCCUGCUCACGUUUCUUUCCCCGUUCGGCAUCGCCGCGGUCAUUCGUGGCUAGCAGCAGCCGCCGUGGCUGGUGCGGCUCUGGCGUCGGCCUCCCAGUGCGACUCUGAGCUGGACGACUCUGAGGAGGCAACCGCGCUGGCCGCGCUUGUGCAAUCGCUGCGGCGGUUAGCCGACUGGGCCUCCCUCGAGCCGGCGUGGCGGCAGUUCCGCCACGCCAGGGGCGGCGGCGACGCGUGCGCGCUCGCCUACCUCCGCACCGGCGGCAACGAUCCUGAGGCGGCGGCAGUGCGCAUUGCCGACACGCUCUCGUUCCGACAGGCGAAUGGCCUCGUCGCGGACGACGCCGAGCUCUGGAGAGCUGUGGAGGAGCACCCGGCGAGGGACCGGUGGCCGUUCGCCUACCUGCCCGGCAGCGAGGUGCCAGACGGGAGCCCUGUCUGCUACGCGAGGCUGUCGCAGCUGCAGGUGGCGGCGACGCUCGCCGCGUUUGACGAGGAGGAGCUGAUGCACUUCGUCGCGCUCUGGUUCGAGGGCGCGCAGCGGCUGCUCGGCGACAGCAGCCGGCGGCGCGGCGAUCCCGUCCGCGGCACGUACGAUGUGUACGACUGCGCCGACCUCUCUGCCUGGAGCUUCCUCUCGGAGGUGCGAGCCCACCGGCCGGCGAUCAAGCGCAUCUUCGCCAUUGGGAGCGAGCACUUCCCCGACCUGCUCUACAAGUGCUACGUCCUCAACGCGCCCACCGUCGCCGCGCUGGUCUGGCGGUGCGUCGCGCCCUUCAUGAGCGAGCAGGCGCAGGCCAAGGUCUGCAUCUCCCGCGGCGUGCCGCCAGAGCUGGCCGAGGCGCUCGGCGGCGAGGCGGCGGUGCGACGCAUGGUGGCGCUCGUGUCAGAGGAGGGGGAGGGGGUAGAGCCGUACGACGAGGCGCUCGGCGGUCCUAACGGGCGCGGAGACGGCCUCAACAUCGGCACAUUGCUGCCGCUGCUCAACAACCGGGCGGCCUGCCAUCUCGAGCUCGCUGAUGCGAUGAGCGGCUACGGCGAGGAGCGCGUCCACGCGUACAAACGAGCGUCGUACGACGCCGAAGACGCCGCGAAACUUUCCAGGAUGAUGGGCGGCAACGCAAAGGCGCUCUUCAGGCUCGGACGAGCCACGCUCGGGGUGCAGUCCCUACGCUCUCGGCUGGUCGACGCUGCGGAGGCGCGCGGCCAGACAGACGCUGCCGAGGCCCUGCGGCUGCGCAAAGUGGCCGCCAAGGAGGUCGAUGUCAGCAUCAUGCAUCUCAAGUCGGCCCUACAGCUACAAGAGGGCAACCGGUCGAUCAGCGACAAGCUCGACGAGGCAGAGCGCCUGCAGGCGGCGCUCGAGCGUCGCGGGGCUCCGCCGCCAUCCAAAGCGCCGACGCCAGUCGUGCGACCGGAGAAGUUUGCGGCGUCUGUGGUCUUCACCCCAGGCGACUCGUGGAUGUCCAACAAGGUGGCUCUGCCGCUUCCAGUGCCCAAGCGGGGCGAACUCGACGCGCGCGGCGAGGAGGCCUACGGCGAGGACGCACAGUACAGCGUCGCCGCUGACCAACCCCACGGAGCCCUCUCGACACCCGCCCAGGCUGACACGCACAUCCAGUCACCGGAUGAGUUCGUCAUGAGCUUUGAUUUUGCGCGUGGCGGCAACUCCCUCGGCGAGGGCAUACCGGGAGCGCUGGUCGCAGCGGCGAUGCCGAUGGCGCGCGUGUAA